AUGAGUGUUCUGCUGGAUGUUCUAACCACACUUCGACUGGAGGAACACAAUCCCAACAAGCUCUCAGUCCAUUUCCUCUUGGAGAUAAAGAGAAGCUAUAAUCAAUCGGAUGAAGCUUUAACUUUGAACCAACUUCCAUUCCACUUUCUCACAAAACUAUUCAAACUCAACACUGACUACUGGAGCCACACAACAUCGAUGAACAAAACUGAGGUAGACUUAUACAAUGAAGAAGAUGAAGACGAUGAAGAUCAGGUCACUGCAGACGACAAUGUUCAUCCUCUGGACCUCAUAGUUGCUCUGUUCCUCUGUGCUGACAGCUGUUUGCAGCAGGAAAUGGCCCUCAAAAUGUCAAUGUGUCAGUUUUCUCUUCCUCUCUUGUUACCACCCACUGAGAACAGUCAGUGCACACUCAUGCUUUGGGCUCUGAGAGGAAUCAUAAAAGAGUGGCAGCCGCAUGGUUUGUCAGAGUCAAGAGGGUUCAAGGAGAACUACAUCGUCCAGGAAGGAAUUCCUCUCAUUUCCUUUGUGAGGCUGAAAAACUGCUCCUUAUCCAAAUCUCAGAUUUUAAAUCAAGUCCUGAGUCGUGGCCAACAGAGUCACAGCAUGUUCAUCCACAGAGAGAUGAAGGGAGGAGCCCGUCAGAGGAAAAUAUCUGCUGGUCUGGUUGAGGUUUGUUGGUUUCUCCCCAGUGGAAGAGAAAAUCUUGAUGUUUUCUCCAAUCCAGUUGCAUUUGCAAACCUGCGAGGAGACAUCUCAGAGUCCCAAACACAAUUCACUUUCCUCAUGGAGGUGUCCACUGCUGUGUUUGUUUUCCUGGACAGAGUGGAAGAGGCUGAAAACCAAACUCUCAGAUCAGUGGGAAAUCUAAAAUCUAAAAUAUUCCUUGUGGUGAAUCGCACUAACAAUCGUGAAAACAUGGAGACUGUGAAGAAAACAUUGAAGGAGCUGGAGUUACCAUUUAACUAUGUCCACAUUAAGGAUUGUGGACAAAAUACAACAGAGUUUUCAAAAAAACUGUGUUCCUGCGUAAGUACUUUAGCGUUUACUGUUUUAAUUUUGGAUUUGGACACCAUCAGUGUUGAGAACAUGCGUGACACUGCCGUUAGCUUAGAUCUGUCUGUGGAUGAAGAUCAAACUCUGCAGCAGAAAGAGACAGCAGAGAAGAUCUUUGGUGAUGUUCGAAGUAUUCCAGAGUUCAAGAAUCAACAACUUCCUUUGCAAGGAAAAGAGUGGAAAUCACUCGCUCGAUUAGAAAGAGAGGAAUGUCGCAUCAAAGUGACAGCUGAUGUUGGAAUUCAACAGCUUAAAUCCAAGAGCAGAGCACAGCAGCUGAAGUUCCGGCAAACACAAGCAAGAAAAAAGCUCUCCAGAGGAGUCACCAUGUUCAUUGAAACAUUAUUAUCCAGUGAUAAAGAACAAAGAGGCUGUUUUCUGAGAUGGAUGCAGUUCUUGUUCAACUCUCAUUCACAACACGUGCUAACUGAGCUACGGCAACAGUUCAAAGAGCAACGCAACAGAAAAGAUGCAGCACGUGUGGCAGAGUUGGAUCAGAAGUUAGUUGACAGUUCAUUGGGACUGGAGCAUUACAUGAGAGAAAUGGGGCUGAUUUUUGAGUUUUCCUCGCCUCUCCAAAACCUUGAGAAGCUUCCAGGUCUGGCUGCAGACCUGCUGCUGGAUGGUUAUCCAUUAGAGCUCCUGGAUGGAGAAGCCUCCAACAUCCCUCAGAGAUGGAUCUCACAUGUGCUGAUGGAGCUGCACCAGAAGGUUGGAGGGAGAAGCCGACUGUUGGUGCUGACUGUGUUGGGAGUUCAAAGUUCAGGGAAGUCCACACUUCUGAACACCAUGUUUGGAGUUAGAUUUCCUGUCAGCAAUGGGCGCUGCACCAGAGGAGCCUACAUGCUCUUUCUGAAGGUUGGAGAGGACAUGCAAUGUGGCUUUGACUUCAUCCUUCUUAUCGACACAGAGGGUCUGAAAUCUCCUGAGUUAGCUCAGCUUGAUGACAGUUAUGAGCACGACAACCAACUGGCAACCUUUGUCAUUGGCCUGAGUGACAUCACCAUCAUCAACCUUGCCAUGGAGAACGCUACUGAGAUGAAACUUGUUCUUCAGAUUUUCAUUCACGCCUCUUUGAGGAUGAAAGAAAUUCGUAAAAAGCCCAUUUGUUAUUUUGUGCACCAGAAUGUAGCAGGUGUUUCAGCUCAUGGAAAGAACACAGAUGGAAGAAACCGUUUGUUGGACCACCUGAAUGAAAUGACUCGAAUUGCAUCUAAAAUGGAGCAUAAGUCUGUUGUUCAGGCCUUCACUGAUGUGCUGGAUUACAACGUGGACACCAACAACUGGUACAUCCCAGGACUCUGGCAUGGAACCCCACCAAUGGCACCUGUCAACACAGGUUACAGUGAAGCUGUGGCAGAUUUCAAGAACAAGCUUCUGGAGACUGUUAAACACAACCAGGACAGUGAACUCUCAACAAUCCCAGAGUUCAUUGAACUCAUCAGAAGUAUGUGGAGAGCAGUGUGGAGGAUUCCCUCUGUGCAACACUGA